GCCUGCCAACCCCAAAAGAGAGCGAGCGCGAACGCGAGCGAGGCGGGCGGGUUUUGCGCAGCAGCAGGAAACGACGUGCAGAGGCGUCGCCGCAGCAGGCGAGGCGCGUGGCGGUUGCGCAUCCUCGGAGCAGCGCUGCGCCGGCACUUUCUUCUUUGACGGGCGCGGGAGCGGAGGCAGUUUGGCGGGCAUGGAGAGCAAGAAGAAGAUAACGUGCCCGCUUGUCACUGCUGUGUUUGUGGCUGUCAUUGGAUCUCUCCAGUUUGGGUACAACACGGGAGUCAUCAAUGCUCCUGCAAUGAUUAUCAAGGGCUUUUUUAAUGAAUCCUGGGUAGAGCGGUCAGGCGCCCCAAUGUCCAACACGCUGCUCACGUCGCUAUGGGCCCUCUCUGUGUCCAUUUUCUCAGUAGGUGGCAUGAUUGGCUCCUUUUCUGUUGGACUUUUCGUCAACCGAUUUGGCAGGCGAAACUCUAUGUUGCUGGUGAAUAUUUUGCCCAUUUCAGGUGGCAUUUUGAUGGGCUUCUCCCGAAUGGCAAACGCUUUGGAAAUGUUUAUUGCUGGCCGGCUUGUUAUUGGUAUCUACUGUGGCCUCUGCACUGGCAUUGUGCCCAUGUAUAUCAGUGAGGUCUCCCCCACUGCCUUGCGAGGAGCUUUUGGCACACUGAAUCAGCUGGGCAUUGUCGUGGGUAUCCUGGUGGCACAGGUCUUUGGCCUAGAUGUCAUCCUGGGAAGUAGAACUCUCUGGCCACUGCUGGUGGGACUCACCGUCGUCCCAGCCGUCUUCCAGUGUGUGGCACUGCCAUUCUGUCCUGAGAGCCCACGAUUCCUGCUGAUCAACAGGAUGGAGGAAGAGAAAGCACAUGCAGUUCUCCAAAAGCUCCGUGGCACCCAAGAUGUGUCCAGUGAUAUUGAUGAGAUGAAAGAAGAGAGUGCCAAGAUGUCUCAAGAGAAGAAAGUGACAAUUCCUGAGCUCUUCCGUUCCCCCAGCUACCGCCAGGCCAUCAUCGUUGCCAUUGCGCUGCAGCUCUCCCAGCAGCUCUCUGGCAUCAAUGCAGUCUUUUACUAUUCUACUGAGGUUUUUGAAGAUGCUGGAGUGAAACAGCCAGUGUACGCUACCAUUGGUGCCGGUGUGGUCAACACCAUCUUUACAGUUGUAUCGCUCUUCCUUGUAGAGCGCGCAGGCCGCCGAACACUCCAUUUGAUUGGCUUAGGAGGCAUGGCCGUCUGUGCUGUCGCCAUGACUGUUUCCUUGGCAUUGAAGGGCAUUGUAUCCUGGAUUGGCUAUGUCAGCAUUGUUGCCACUUUAGCCUUUGUGGCUUUCUUCGAAAUUGGCCCUGGCCCAAUCCCCUGGUUCAUUGUGUCUGAACUCUUCAGCCAGGGGCCUCGUCCUGCAGCUGUGGCUGUAGCUGGCCUUUCAAACUGGACGUCCAAUUUUCUGGUGGGAAUGCUGUUUCCGAUCCUAAAGGAUGCCUGCAACCAUUAUGUUUUCCUCAUCUUUGUCGGUUUCCUUGUCUUCUUCUUCAUCUUCACCUUCUUUAAAGUCCCUGAGACAAAAGGCCGGACUUUUGAAGAGAUCUCCAGUGGCUUUGAAAGGAGAAGAGAGGACGGCAUUCUUCCAGCAACCAUGGAAAAGGGGCCAAUGGUGGAACUGACUAGCAUACAGCCCACGAAAGAUGUCGCACCAAAUAUUUAAUAAUGUUCUGUUCUUGACACUUUAUUGGUUCUGAGGAUAAUCCUCACAGGGGGGGAAAGCAGAGAUACUUUUUAAAUUGCUGCUAUUUCUUUAUUUCCCCAUCAGCCUUUCCUUGUGUGCCAAGACUCAGUCAGUCUUGCCACAUACUAAAACAAGUUAAAUGCAGGGAAAUGUUCCUUGCUUACAAUGCUGGAAGGCAACACUUGCUUUAUUAUUCUCCCUACAUUGCUCCCUUCCCUGUCACUCAUUCAUAGUGACCUAAGAAAUGGCUCCCUCCCCUGCCUCUUUUUAAUGCAUUCUUCUUGUAUCAUUGUUGUUGUUUAGUCGUUUAGUCGUGUCCGACUCUUCGUGACCCCAUGGACCAUACCACGCCAGGCACUCCUGUCUUGCACUGCCUCCCGCAGUUUGGUCAAACUCAUGUUCGUAGCUUUGAGAACACUGUCCAACCAUCUCGUCCUCUGACGUCCCCUUCUCCUAGUGCCCUCAAUCUUUCCCAACAUCAGGGUCUUUUCCAAGGAUUCUUCUCUUCUCAUGAGGUGGCCAAAGUAUUGGAGCCUCAGCUUCACGAUCUGUCCUUCCAGGGAGCACUCAGGGCUGAUUUCCUUAAGAAUGGAUAGGUUUGAUCUUCUUGCAGUCCAUGGGACUCUCAAGAGUCUCCUCCAGCACCAUAAUUCAAAAGCAUCAAUUCUUCGGCGAUCAGCCUUCUUUAUGGUCCAACUCUCACUUCCAUACAUCACUACUGGGAAAACCAUAGCUUUAACUAUACGGAC